AACAACUGGUCAAGACUGGCACUUCACAACCGCAUCGAGGAGUUUUUCAGUCUUCGAUUAUAUACAAAACAAAAGUGCGAAUAAAUUUGGAAUUACGCUGUCCUUACUAAUUUGAGAUUGGAUACUACGGUUAAUACUACCUUUUCAACAAUUUGCUUAGGAGGUGUGAGGGAUUGCUUGCUCAUUGAAUUGUUUCACUAAAUGCUUACCAUGGGCUAAGUGUGGCAGUUUACAAGCGCAUUGUCGCUCGAGGUGUAUACCGCAGCUGAAAAUUGUGCGAACUAAGUUGUGUAAGAAUUGUAUACACAUUUAAUAUAAUUGCGCUUAUAGGAGAAUACAACAAAACAUCGCAAUUGAAACGUAUGCGUGCAAAGGUCAAUACUAGCAGUAAUAGGCUAGUGGUUGACAAUUUACUUAAAGUGACAUUUUUAAACAAUGGAUGGAAUGUUUCUCUUCGGUGUACUUAUCGUCGUCUUAAUGUGUAAAAACGUCUCUUCUCAAGGCUCCCAAGGUUACAUGGAGGAGGCGAUACAGAUCUUCAACACGAUCUUCCACAAGUAUGAGGCGAACGUACCCCCGAGGCGUAACCUCACCCUGCCACUGCUGCUCAACGUCAACAUGCACGUGAUGCACGUGUCCAGCCUGAACCUCCUGGAGCAAUACCUCGAGACCACCAUUGACCUGGAACUUACCUGGGAUGACAUGCGCUUGUCAUGGUUCCCGUUGAACGUGCGAGAGAUCACUGCGAACAGAAGCAAAGUCUGGAGCCCGGAUAUCUCCAUUGACAACGCAAUAGAUGAGCCAAAACAUGUCGAUGAUCCGCGGAUUGUGAUAAAAAGUACUGGGACGAUCUACUGGUACAAGCGUCUGAAGAUUAAGACGUCGUGUUCCACAAACGCUACCCAAGUUUCUGCCGUCUGCGACGUUGUGAUUGGCUCAAAUCUCCUUGACGACCGCGUCAUCGAUUUCAACAUGAGCGUUUCGUCAUGUGAUGCAAAAAAUGCGGUGACGUCACACAUACUUGAAAUCGAAGACGUCUCGUUUGAAAAGCGCAAAGAAGUACGCUGGUUGAAACCGAACGCUACGUUUCCCGAAUUCGCGUGCAGUUUGAGAAUGAAACUAACUGGCCCAGACGGCACUAACGGACAGGAGUUUCUCACGAGUUCCCAUGCCAGCCUCACAGGGUCGGUCACUUGCCCUGUGCUCAGUAUGUUCGUACUCAGUUCGUGCCUAGGAAUUAUUGGUUUCUUCUCACGCUUUGCGUGCAAGCCAUUGUAAUUUUAGUGCAGAGAGUUUUUAUCGUUUGUGUAUGAUUGUCAAUUCCUGAGUAUGUGUCUUUAUUUAUAUUCUCUUUUGAAAAUGUUGGAAACGAUCAUCUUUUAUUUAUUCACAUUUAAUUAUUUUUUUUGGAUAUAGUAUGUUGUUGGAACUCGCAGUGUCAGGCAAAUGCUACGCUUACGCUUUACGCUUAUCUUAUUUACGAUAAUGAUAUAUCGAGUAACAGCGUUGCGUUAGUUAGCGUCUGUUCCUUGGGGGAAUGCCAAGCCAACGUGUCUCAUUAUACGCCCACUAGAUUUGCUAACCGAGCAUAUUGCACCAACAGUUAUGUUCACAUUAACCUGCAAACUCUUAAACAAAAGAAUUGUUUAGUACUAAUAAAUAAUGAUUGAAGCUGUCAAUUAAAACAUAAUUAACGAAAGCCGUAUAGCAACAUGAAAAGUGUAAAAAAGAGAUGCAUACGUCAUUGGAAUGCGUGAAAAUGACGAUUUACAGUCCACUCUCGUUAUCUCGACAUCGGAUAUCUCGAUAUUCUCGAUAUGUCGAAGUAAGCUCAAUGCCCCAUUUUUUCCCCUUCUUUAUCUAUAUAAAAAAACAUCGCUUAUCUCGAUUUUCGUUAUGUCUAAUAAUUCGAUAUGUCGAUAUAAAAGUUUGUCCCGAGUCCCGAUUUAACAUGUAUUUGCUGUGGUUUAUCUCGAAGUGCGAAUAACUUUUCCAGUGUCGGCCAAAGGGGAGAACUUUUUCUUUGAUACUUCACCGUCCCGCUUCGCCCGGCUGCUCCCGAUACUGUGCGGUAGGAAAUUGAUCCGUUAAUUGCAUCAAUGAUCACACGUGUGUAAUGUCGUUAGCCAUUAACACUUGAUUAAGGCCUGUCACUUUAAGUUUCACUUUAACAUCAAUUAACUGCAAUUAAUACACAGCCUGCCGAAAGGCCGAAAGACUAAUUGUUUUUACAAACAACAUUCCAAAAUGCAUUGAGUUAUAUUUUUGCGUAUAUACACCGUCGUUUACUCGACAGUUUAGAAAAAUUAUAACUGCAUGUGUUCAUGCAAUUCUGUAAUACUUAAAACGUCAUUUUAAGCAUUUAAAUAGCAAAAAUAAUCGUGCCUCGUAAAACGCGUAUAUAUCAGGAAGAGAGUAUUAUGCCACACGGUGACGGCUUUACUUAGAUCACUUAGCAGGUAUUAAGAUGUCAAAAACAAGGUAAAUUUUCGUCUCAUUUUUUCUUUGAAAACGCCUAACCGGAUAUCUCGAACUCUCGUUAUCUUGAUAUUUUUUCUUGUUCCCGCCGACUUCGAGAUAACGAGAGUGGACUGUAUAACAUGUUUGUUCGAGGUUUGUCAGUUGGAUGUUUAAAAUAAAUCAUGCACGCUUUGGCUUAUCUGAUUCGCGUUAUUCGAAAAUUGUUAUAAUAUCAUAUGACGUUAGCGUAGCUCCAAAUGAGCCUGCGCAUCUGGUCGGGAGCUACCCUGUCCGCUAUUGAGACCACGAAACCAUGGUUAUUAAUUUACAGCGGGCAGCGAAGCUCCUGAUCAGUCUGCGACUUUGCGGGUCAUCUAUAACUUACAAAUAAUAUAUACUGUAAACAGUUGAGUAUUACGCGUCUAUCGACACGUGUUAUCGAUCAUGUGUCUAUUGGUAAGUCCAAUUGAUCACGGAGCUUAAUAACUCCAGGAAAACAACCUCUUUCAGAUAACACAACCCUAUAUGACACUGAAUUAUCAUCAAUUCACUGAGAUUUAAUUUGUAGUACAUGUAAGUGCCUUAAAUAUAUCAAAUAAAUAUUGUGAAAUAUCUACGCAUGUACGGUAUGUGUUUGCGUUUUAAACGUUCUCACCUGAACAUCAGAGCGCUUUAAGACGUCUUACUCUCAUGUGUCCGUAUUUUAUACAGCAACAUCGCAUUCUUUGCAGUUGGUUUGACGACAAGUUUAUAAAUGCAGCAAAUUUAAUGCAUAUGUGGAGAUUAUGUAACUAUGUUUUAUAAUUUUUAUUAUUUUGUUCAGAUUUUGAUUUCACAGUGUGGUAUGAAUGUGUCUAUGUAAGACCUACGAUAUGUACAUAAAACGUUUGUGCAUAAACGUUUCACGAAUGACAGUUAUGGUACAAUAUGGAAAGUGUGUUUAGUUUGCUAUGUAAACAAUUCUUCUCGAUUCUUGUCUGAAAUGACGAGUAUGCAAGUAUUUCUAUGUGCAAAAUUAUGCGUUAAUUAGUAUGUCUACUUAAAUAAAUCCUCAAAGUUUGUAAUUAAGAACGAUAUUUGCAAACACAUUUUUGGUGAUUUAUAAAAGAUUAUACAAAACAUGAAAUGUAAUGUCUUUUCAGUUGCUUACAUUUUGUAUUUCGCCCUGCACAAGUGUACAUUAAAUAUUUUUUCUGCUCAAUACUACAGAAGAAUCGAAUAGCAAAUUCCUAUAUCUGAAAAAAGAUGACUAAAUGGAGCUUUUUCAAAUGUGUAUUGUGUGUAAACAUGUUUAAAUAAAUCAUAUUAAUAAAUAUUAUUGUUAAUGUAAAUACAAUGUAUCCAGUAUUUCCAAACAUAUCCAUUUUUAAAUGAUUUUGGAACAACAAAUGACUCUGGCUGCUUAUUUCCAUAGCAAUGUAGUUAAAAUUUGCAAGCAGCCAUUUCUACAGAGCUCUCGUUUUACAAAAGAAUUGACUCAGUUUUAAUACAAAAAAAAUUAAUUUGCUUUUUUCAAUUAAUUAAUAGCGCUUAUCUAUAAAAAAAUUCUGAUUAAAAAAAAAUCAAAAUUAAUCCGAUUCCUUUAAAUUCUAUGUUUAAAAUUUUCAUUAACGACAUGAUGAAAUUCGUUUAAAUUUUCAAAGUUGAAUGACCUUCGUGUGUUGAUGAUCGUUAAGAAAUGAAUUUUGGCUGCAGCAAAUUAUAUCAUUUUCACUAUUUUUCCACUACAGACGAUUUAUUCCCAAAGUGUUGUGUUUUCAACUCCCUUUGAACUUCUGGCUGGAUCUCGCUCAAACUCUCCCAGUUAAAUGACCUUAAUGUGUGGCUUAUGGUAACAUGGAAGUAUGGCUGCGACAAGCUUUUGGAAGAAUUCUUUUUUCUAUAACUGUGGUUUAUAUAGUAUGUUAGGUGUGUAUGUGUGUUCAAAUCCUCUUCCUGCUUGCCGAGUUUUGCUCAAUCUUCCAUCACAGCUGUAUGUGUAUGUGAUCUUUAUGAAACAACUUCGCCUACGACCGGUUUUGGCACUUGAUCUGUUCUUCUGCUGUAGACUACAUAGGGGGUAUCUUGUGCCCACCAUGCGUUCUAGAGGUAUCAGUGGAUGUCGUAUAUUUCUGGCUCAGUUUAUAGUUGUUAUAAAUUAAGUAGAUAUUUUUUACAAAGCGUUUUGAGUAUAGACGAGUUAACGCGUGACGUCACACGCACCUGCAAAGUUUAGUCUCCGCCCACUGGUUGGCAAAAGAGGUGGAAUUUAUAUAAGCGCAUAUAGAGAAGGUUGACGAAAUCUUCGUUUUUAAUGAUAAUCAUGCACAAUAUCAAAUAUAAUUUUACUAAUUAUGUCUGAAUAAAACAUUAGCAUGCAAGGAAAUGCAUCUUUGGAACGAUUACAUUGUUGUUAUUAUUAUUUGUUUUUACUGACAACGAACUCGGGAGUGGAACACAAUCUAAGAGUUCGGUAUGUGGUUAAACAAAAAUCUCUCUAUUCUUGGCACUUCCUCGCGACCAUUUUUAGUUAAAAAAUGCUCAGAAAUUGAAAUUCUUUCAGAAUAAAUUAAAUUUAAUGAACGAAAACAAAUAAGGAUAAAAACAAACGACGAAUAGGUCAAUUGUAUGUACGCGACUUAUAGGGUAACUGAUUUGAACCUUAUAUGUCUGGAAAAACUUACCUUCUUACACAUUCAAUAAAUUAUAUUGUUUAAUGUAAUUGUUUUAUUUAAUUGUUCACACUAAUUUAGGCACUCUUUGUAGCAGCAUUUAUAUCCCGGUGUUUAAUUGCACCUUUGUUAUCAC